UUCCUUAACAGAAAGCUACAGCUUUACAAAGAGUGCCAGAGACCAGUAUGAAAAACUAUUCACCAUGCACAACAACAUGGUAAAGCUCUAUGAGAAUAUUGGAGAAUACUUUAUUUUUGACUCUAAGACUGUGAGCAUAGAAGAAUUCUUUGGUGAUCUCAGCAACUUUCGAACUCUAUUCCUGGAAGCAGUGAAAGAUAACCACAAGAGAAAAGAACUGGAAGAGAAGACUAGGAGGGCAAAGCUUGCAAAAGAGAAAGCUGAACAAGAAAAGUUGGAACGCCAGAAGAAAAAGAAACAACUCAUUGAUAUAAACAAAGAGGGUGAUGAGACGGGCGUGAUGGAUAAUCUUCUGGAAGCCCUGCAAUCAGGGGCGGCAUUCCGAGACCGCAGAAAGCGGAUUCCAAGGAAUCCAGGUAAGAGCCAUUCUAGCUCACAUGGUAUUAUAGAAUGUAAAUGCUCAGAACCAAAUACCAAAUAUUAAAAAAAAAAAAAACUUUUUCAUGAAAAAAAAAUAAUUCUUUGAAACAGUUGAUCUCAGUUCACAAGUGAAGUCUCGGGAAGCUUCUAUAUCUACCUGAUCACAAGUUUUAACUUUGUAAAAGUGUCUUCAAAUAACAAUUGCUGCUGCUAAGUCACUUCAGUCGUGUCCGACUCUGUGCGACCCCAGAGACGGCAGCCCACC